AUCCUCUCAGUAUCUCUCUCUUUCUCUCCCCCGCUCCUCCUCUGGGUGAGUGUUCCUGUCUCCUCCCACUCUCUCCUCCCGGCUCGGAGUGUGUGUGAGCGCUUGUGGGAGCGACGGGCGAGUGUAUGCGAGUGCCUCUCUCUCUUUCCCUCCUCGGACACUUGUCGUCUCUCCUGGGAUCCUAGCGUCCCAGUCGCCAGUGGCAGGCUUCCCCCCCUCACAGCAGUCACCAUUUCCGCCCCCGGGAGACCCACGCUGGCAGCGCAGCCCCUUCCCCGGCUCAGCAUCGGGAGGAAGACCCUGGUGGCGGCCGCCGUGGGGGUCAUGCUCGUCCUGGUGCUGGUCGUCCUCAUCCCUGUGCUGGUGAGCUCCGUGGGCACGGACGCUGGGCACUACGAGAUGCUGGGCACCUGCCGCAUGGUGUGCGACCCUUACCUGAACAAGGGCACCACCACCAGCGCCAGCAGCAUCCGGGCCGAGGCAGAGGCCCUUAGUGACCACAGCAACAUGCCCCCGCCGUCCACCUUGGUGCAGGGCCCGCAGGGGAAGCCGGGGCGACCAGGCAAGCCUGGACCUCCAGGGCCUCCUGGAGAGCCAGGUCCACCAGGGCCCAUGGGACCCCCGGGAGAAAGAGGGGACCCUGGUAGGACUGGGAUUAUGGGAAUAGGGGGCAAUGGAGCUAUCAGCACAGCUACCUACACCACCAUCCCCCGGGUGGCUUUUUAUGCCGGACUCAAGAACCCCCACGAGGGCUAUGAGAUCCUAAAGUUCGACGACGUGGUCACCAACAUGGGCAACAACUACGACGGCAUCUCGGGCAAGUUCAUCUGCAGCAUCCCAGGCACCUACUUCUUCAUCUACCAUGUGCUGAUGAGGGGUGGCGAUGGCACCAGCAUGUGGGCAGACCUCUGCAAGAACGGCCAGGUUCGAGCCAGCGCCAUUGCCCAGGAUGCAGAUCAGAAUUACGACUACGCCAGCAACAGCGUUAUCCUGCACCUGGAUGCGGGCGACGAGGUCUACAUCAAGCUGGAUGGAGGCAAGGCUCACGGGGGCAACAACAACAAGUACAGCACCUUCUCCGGUUUCAUCCUUUACGCCGACUGAAGGGGAAGGCAGAGAGGGCCUGCAGGACUACAGCAUUUCUUCUGUCUCUCUCAUUCUCUCUCUCUUUCCUUCUCUCUGUCUGUUUCCACCGGCCUCUCUUUUAAAACCGGGACUACUUCUUUGUCACGACGGUACGGGGAACACCUGCAGCAGCUCCCCCUUAUCCCCUUCCCUGUGCUGCCCUUUGACCCAGUCAGACAUCUGACAUCCAGAGAUUUUAUUUUUCGCAGAUGACUACUUUGUUGAAUUUGAAAAAAAAAAAAAAAAGCCAGCCAAAAGGACAUUGGCGU